GGGCACCGUCCUGUCCUUGGGCGAGCAUUGCGGUUUUUUUUUCCCCGCACCCCUUGUAACAUGCUUGGAGCUCCCCCCACCGAAACAUACGAUCGCUGCUGCCUCUGUGUCUCGCAUCCUCCCUUUUGUCUUUUUAGGGUUUCUUCCCUUCUUGAUCCGCUCUCCGGCUCGAUCGCUCGCCGAAAUGGUCACCGGCGUGGGCAACCGCCAGGAGGAGGACGGUAAUAAGACUGCCGCGAGCCUUCCCAAGCCCCCCGGAGGCGGCGCCCCCCCGUCGUGGGGCACGCCGGCGCUCUCCGGCGGGCAAUCGGCGUCCACGAGCGGGAGCGCCGGGUCCCCCUCGAGCCGGAGCGAGCCGACGACGGCGGCGACGCCCGCGAGUGAGAGCACCUUCGUGCGGAUGAAUCAUCUCGACAUCCAUGGGGACGAUGCCGGCUCCUCCCAAGGGGCAGUGAGUGGCAAGAAGAAAAAGAGAGGAGCACGGACGGUUGGAGGUGAUAAAAGUGGUAGGGGACUCCGCCAAUUCAGCAUGAAAGUCUGUGAGAAAGUGGAAAGCAAAGGAAGAACCACUUACAAUGAGGUUGCAGAUGAACUUGUCGCUGAAUUUGCAGAUCCCCACAGUAAUCUGGCAUCUCCAGAUCAGCAACAGUAUGAUGAGAAGAACAUACGGCGGAGGGUGUACGAUGCUCUGAAUGUUCUUAUGGCGAUGGACAUUAUCUCUAAAGAUAAAAAGGAAAUACAGUGGAAAGGUUUACCUCGAACGAGUCUAAAUGAUAUUGAAGAGUUAAAGGCAGAGCGUAUUGGCUUGAAAAGCAAGAUUGAAAAGAGAGCCACAUAUUUGCAUGAAUUACAAGAUCAAUUUGUAGGUUUGCAGAAGUUGAUACAACGGAAUGAGCAAUUAUAUAAAUCUGGAAUUGCUCCUUCAGGCGGAGUGGCUUUGCCUUUUAUCUUGGUUAAGACUCGUUCACAUGCAACUGUAGAGGUGGAAAUAUCAGAAGAUAUGCAGUUGGUGCAUUUCGACUUCAACAGCUUGCUUCAACUGCAGAGGAGACUUAAGAAGGCCGUUCAACUAUGAAUUAGUACCACCCUCAGAGAUAGUAACCUAGCCUUGGUUGCUGUAUGUUGCCAUUUUGAUGAAGUUAUUCCUUUUGAUUGCUUGUAAUACUAGAUUGCUUCAGCAACAGAGGAGACUCACGAAGGCCUUUUGACAAUGAAUUUGUUCCAACCUUCGGAAAGUUGACUUGCCCUGGUUAUCUGUCAACUGAGUGAGGAUGAUCUAAUUCCCUUGCAAAUUAAAAAUCAUUUUAUCCUAAUUUCUCUAGAUUUUUUAAAGUGUCAUUAUGAGAGCGACUUCUUUUAAAUGAUUCCAUUUUCCAAACCGCUAUCCAUGACCCAUUCCAAUUCUCAUGGCCCUCAAUAACACACUAGUACAUUUUCUUUUGCAACGUUAAAUUUGUAAGAAAUGAGGGUAUGGUUUUUCUAGUUUUUCUUGAUUAGUAGAUGUGACCACACAAAGAAUGUGCAGGGGGUCGGAAUUAAUGGUUAUACCUGUCUGACAUCUUCAUGAUGAUUAGGAACUAAUUUCUCAAAAUACAUAUGAAGGUAGAAGGCCAUGAAUGUUGCUAGGUUGUCCUCUGUCCAUCUGUCUGUCCAUCGGGCUAAAGAUAGUGGCCUUUCACUGUGCAUGUAAGUAGUUAAUGAAGUGAGUGGCUGAAUUCUCUUAGCAAUCCUGACAUAAUUACUUAAUUCCUCCUAAACUUCAAGCAUGUCAGGCAACUUGGACUAAUCAGUAGAAAUGGUUGGAAAAUCUGAAAAUCUUUUAGUGUUUACAUUGGUGGUCCUUUUGAGCAUGCAUUCUGAGUUCCAUCAUCAAGUCAGAUAAAACAAAUGUGGUUUCUUUCCAUCUAUGGAUGGUUGUAAUGGUGGGGGAGAUACUCAUAUUGAAGUCUUAAUCACUGCCCAACCUUGAGCCUUGCUUCUGUUUAGUUUUCUGCCGAGCAGUAUGAGAGUGAUUUCUGUUAAUUAUGCGGCUACCAUCCUCCACGUUUGCAAGGUUUGUAAGCUAAGUUCCAGUGUCAGCUUCACUCCAAGCUCUAUUGGUAGUUUCUGUUGAUUUUUUGUAAUUUGUCCAAAAAAUGUGCUCUAGAAUUAAAAUGCAUAAAUCAAAUAAAUUUUCUACACAUUUAGUCUAAAACUUUUUAACGAAUGCAAAAGUAUUAAUUAAACAAGAUAUCAAAAAACUCUUGACAGACUUCGAAGAAUAAAAAAACGAAAAAAAAAAACACAAUCAAUUUGGAAAUAGAAUAGGCAUCCUUUUGGAUUAUGGCUUAUUAUUUUGUGGAUCAUGUAGCGCACAGCUUAUUAUACUCAUCUUGGAAUUAAACAAGAACCCUAAGAAGAAUCUUGUAUUGGCUG